UGUUUUCCGAAUAAUUAGGUAAAGCCGGCAAAUAUUAGCGCUUUUGUAGAACUUUGAAUCCUUAUUUUUAUUUAAACAAAUCACGUAUUCAUUGGUGCGUUUUUUACUUUCUUCGUAAAUUGUAGCAGUACAAUGCAUUCGUUUAUCCUUGCGAAGUGUUGAUUAUUUUUAUCACCACGAUAAUAAUAUGAGUAGACAUUCAUAUAUCUAUAGAUAUACAUAAAGAUGCUUGCUCAGUUAUAAAUAGUGAUUCAUAUGAAAAAUUGUAAACUGAAUAUCGUUUUUCUCAUGAGAAUAUUCAGUGUUCCUCUGGCAUUUACUGAAUAACAAUCAAUUGAAAUGAAAAGAAAAAUGACUCCACUAUUGCCAGACAGUGUCAAAGAAAAAACCAACAAAGAAGCCAACGAUUCAAAUUACUUGCGUCAAUUAAUAAAAGUGAAUUACAGCCUUGCAAUUUACAAUAUUUUAGCACUAUUGUUCGGCUUUUCUUUGCUCCUAGUACUAAGUUGGCUAUUCAUCGUCAAUUAUCCGAAAAUUAUAAUAAUCAGUGAAGCUCCUCGCGAAGAAAUUAUAAGUAUAAGCAGCAGUGUGUCAAUUUUUGAAACAUUUAAGCUACCGGCAAUUGACUCAAAUGAAGGAUUCGAUUUUGAAAAACCUAUCGCGACUAGCGAAGAGUGCAGCAACAUACGAAAGGAAAUGAGAUUUGACUGUCAUCCGGAGAACGGGGCUUCUGAAUUGUCUUGCUACAACAGGGGAUGUUGCUGGAACGCAAUCUCAGAAGAUAUUGAUGUCAUUUCUGAAAAAAUUCCGCUUAAUAUUCCGUACUGCUUUUACCCCUCGAACUGGCAUUUGUAUGAAUAUGGAUCCACUGAGCAAGAUAAUGAUAGUUUUGUUGGGGAUUUGAUAAAAGUUGCUGACUCGUUCUAUAAAAAUGAUCUGCAGACGAUUAGAAUGGAGGCUCGCGGGAUAGAUCAAAAUAUUUUACAAGUUAAAAUUUUUGAUAAAAAUAAAUCCCGACAUGAACCUCACUGGCCAAUAAGGGAUAUCAAGUACCAAAAGACAAACAACAAACUCUAUAAAUUUGAAAUUGACGAUUCCAAAGCAAAACCUGGUUUUAAAAUCACAGCCAUCCGAAAUACCAACGAUAUUGUUGUAUUUGAUUCUUUGAAUGCUGGAGGGUUUAUUUUCGCCGACCAAAUGCUUCAAAUAAGCACAUUACUACCUUUCCACAAUAUCUACGGUCUCGGUGAACAUAGAACGCGUUUGAAACUGAACACAACUUGGCAAAGAUUCACAAUUUUCAAUCGAGACCAACCUCCAACAGAAAACGCUAAUUUGUAUGGCUCGCAUCCUUUUUACAUGGGGAUGGAAGAAACUGGUGAUUGCCAUGGUGUUUUGUUCCUCAACAGCAAUGCUAUGGAUGUUAUACUACAGCCAACACCAGCGCUAACAUUCAGGACAAUUGGUGGAAUUUUUGAAAUGUACUUUUUCAUGGGACCAACUCCAAAAGAUGUUCUUAUGCAGUAUUCGCAAAUUGUUGGGAAGCCUUUCAUGCCUCCUUAUUGGUCAUUGGGAUUCCAUUUAUGCCGAUUUGGUUACGGAUCAUCAGAGAAAACCAGAGAAGUUUGGAACAGAACUAGAGCAGCGAGGAUUCCCUUUGACACCCAAUGGAAUGAUUUAGAUUACAUGGAUAACAAUAAUGACUUCACUUAUAACAAAGAUCGUUUCAAAAGUCUUCCUGAAUUCGUCAACGAAAUUCAUGAGGCUGGAAUGCAUUACAUUCCACUGAUAGAUCCAGGAAUAUCAGCAUCUGAAACAAACGGCUCAUACCCGCCUUAUGACGAGGGAAUACACCAUGACAUUUUUAUAAAAGAUCCUGAAACAAACGAGCCAUUCAAGGGAAAAGUGUGGAACCGCGUGUCAACAGUAUGGCCGGAUUUCACUCAUCCCAAUGCUGGAGACUAUUGGUACUCUAUGAUGAACAGUAUGCAUCAGAAAUUUGAGUACGAUGGCGCCUGGAUUGAUAUGAACGAACCAUCAAACUUCUACAAUGGUCGCAUCAAUGGCUGCCCAAUAAACAAUUCAUUAAAUUACCCUCCGUAUUUACCAAAUGUAGUAGGAAAUUCCUUGGCUUCAAAAACAGUUUGCAUGGACGCAAAACAUCACUUAGGGCCGCAUUAUGAUGUUCAUAAUUAUUAUGGAACGGCUGAAGCUGCUGUUACUUAUGAUUCUUUGGUGAAAAUUCGCAAUAAGAGGCCUUUUAUCGUAUCACGGGCAUCUUGGGAAGGACAUGGUGUCUAUGCUGCUCAUUGGACUGGAGAUAUUUAUUCUAGUUGGUAUGAUCUGAAAAUGAGCAUCCCAGAAAUUCUGCAGUACAGUUUAUUCCAAAUUCCUAUGGUUGGAGCGGAUAUUUGUGGAUUUGAUGGUAAUACUACGGAAGCGUUGUGUAACAGAUGGAUGCAAUUAGGUGCAUUCUACCCAUUUUCACGAAAUCAUAACUCAGAUGACACUAUUGAACAAGAUCCAGUAGCGAUGGGAGAUUUAGUUACAUCAUCAUCGCAAAAAGCUUUGAACAUACGCUACCGAUUUUUGCCAUACCUCUACACGCUUUUUGCUCGUGCUCAUAUGUACGGCGAGACUGUUGCUCGUCCAUUGUUUGUCGAGUUCCCUAAAGAUAAUAUGACUUGGAAUAUUGAUGAACAAUUUCUUUGGGGAUCUUCUUUAAUGAUUGUACCUGUUCUCGAAGAGGGAAAAACAGAUGUAAACGCAUAUCUUCCUACAGGAGUUUGGUAUAACUACUACGAUAAAAUAAGUGUUACAAACGGAGAUAUUUUAACAUAUGUUGCUCCGCUUGGAUUGAUACCUAUUUUCAUCCGUGGUGGGUCUAUUUUACCAGCCCAAAAGCCGGGAAAAACGACCACCGAAAGCCGCAACAAUCAUUUUGAGCUAUUAGUCGCUCUUGAUAAAGAUGGACGUGCUAAGGGCGAAUUGUUUUGGGAUGAUGGCGACUCUAUUGGCACUAUUGAAAAAAAGGAAUACGUUUUCUUGACUUUUGAGGCGAAUAACAUGACGAUAGUCUCUUCUCCGGCUGAAAAUAAAAUAAAGGAAAAUAUGAGGUUAGGAAAAGUUGAAAUUAUGGGUGUAGUGGGCGUUGUCGACAAAGUUCUAGUUAAUAACAGGAUCGAGGAGUUUGAUUACAACUUUGACUUACGAUACUUGAAAAUUAAGCCAACGACAAUUGACUUACAAGAAGGUUGGUCAAUCUCGUGGUCAAUAGCGUGAAUUAAUUUUGUAAGGUUAUAUUUUUAUAUAAAUAUAGUAAAUAUUUUAUACGUGUUUUUAUCUAAUACAGGUAAUUAUUAUUAUAAUGAUUGUGAUGAAUUUACAUGAUAUAAGCAUAUAUUUUAGAAUUUUUAUUCAAGCUAAUGUUAACAAUUUAUAACGUUUUUUAUUGAAUAAAAAAUAAAGAUAAUUAUAAAAUUAAAAUA